CGGCCCGGCCAGGCCCGCCCCGUCGCGUCCCGCCCCGCCGCGCCAUGUCGCUGAGCCCCAAGCACACGACGCCCUUCUCGGUCACCGACAUCCUGAGCCCGAUGGAGGAGAGCUACAAGAAGUUCGGCGGCAUGGACGGGGCGGGCGGGCUGGGCGCGCCCCUCGGGCCCUACCGCCAGGCGCCCGUGCCCCCCGCGGCCGCCGCCGUCCCGCAGCACGUCCCCGCGGGGGCGGCCGCCUACCACAUGCCCCACGGCGUCUCGCAGUUCCCGCACGGCGCCGUCGGGGGCUACUGCAACGGCGGGCUGGGCAACGUGGGCGAGCUGCCCGCCUACCCCGAGGGGAUGCGGGGCGGCGCGGCGGCGGGCGGCGGCUGGUACGGGGCCGGCGGCGACCCCCGCUACUCCAGCAUCUCCAGGUUCAUGGGCCCGUCGGCCGGGAUGAACGUGGCCGGGAUGGGCGGCCUGAGCGGCAUCGCCGAGGGCGCCAAGGCCAUCGUGCCGCUCCACGCGGCCCCGCGGAGGAAGAGGAGGGUGCUCUUCUCCCAGGCGCAGGUCUACGAGCUGGAGCGGCGCUUCAAGCAGCAGAAGUACCUGUCGGCGCCGGAGCGCGAGCACCUGGCCAGCCUGAUCCACCUCACCCCGACCCAGGUGAAGAUCUGGUUCCAGAACCAUCGCUACAAGAUGAAGCGCCAGGCCAAGGACAAGGCGGCCGCCCAGCAGUUGCACCCCGACGGCGGCGGCCUCUGCCAGCAGCCCUCGCCGCGCCGCGUGGCCGUGCCGGUGCUGGUGAAGGACGGCAAACCCUGCCCGCCGCCCGGCAGCGGCACCCCGGGCCCCGGGCAGGCCGCCCCCGCGCCCCCCGCCGCCGCCCCCGCCGCCCCCCCCGCGCACCCGCACCCCGGCUCGCUGGGGCAGGCGGCCGACCUGGAGGAGCUGUCGCCCAGCCCGCCGGCGCUGCACGGCCCCGUGCCCCCCCUCGCCCCCCUGGACUCGGCCGGCGCCGACUACAACGGCGGCAUGGUCAGCCCCAACCUGCUCUACGGCAGGACGUGGUAAUCGAAUUAAUUUCGCGGGGGUGCCCCCGAAGUGCGAUUCCGCUCUUGUCCCGAUCGGAGGUAAAUUGAGUCGCGACUCGAGAGGCGGCGGCGGCGGGAGCCGUGGCAGAAGAGUCCUGGAACGCCGGCGCUCAGAUUUAAGGGGAAAAAACCGUUUUUCUCGUUGUUGUUGUUAAAUA